AUGACUAAUAAGCCACUUUCUGGGAAAGAGGUACGUGCUAAUGAUGUGCUAGAGUUGAUCCACACAGAUGUGUGCGGACCGUUUCCAACUCAAGCAAAAGGUGGUUAUUCGUACUUCAUUACUUUCACUGAUGAUUUGACAAGGUAUGGAUAUGUGUAUCUUAUGAAACACAAAUCUGAGGCCUUUGAGAAAUUUAAGGAGUUUAAGUGUGAAGUUGAGAAACAACUUGGAAAAACUUUUGUUAAGAAACAAAUGACUGAUAAGUUGGAAUCUAAAAGUGAGAAGUGUUACUUUGUGGGAUAUCCUAAACAAACUAGAGGAUAUGAAUUCUACUACCCUGGAGAUCACAAGGUGAUAAUCUCUAGGAGUGUGACGUUUCUUGAAGACAAUUAUGUCUUAAAGGAACAAGGUCACAACAUUGUAGAUCUUGAAGAAAUUCAAGAACCACAAGAUACCAUUGAGGAUGAGGUAUUGUCAAAUGGUUUGAACAAUAACUCUGUGAGAGUUUUUGAUGAUCUAUUGGGAGGGGAAAUUAAUAUUAGAGGAGACCUUAGAGGGAAUCUCGAAGAUCCUCCUCAAGACAAUGAGAUGCAUCAAAGACAAGAUGAUACAAUAGUUGCAUCACCUCUACCUCAAGAAGAUCAUAGUGAUGUUCCUGAACCUACUCACAUUCAGAAUGAACAGCCCGAGCCAGAAGAAAAAACCAACUCAAUAGGCCUAGAAGGAUUCGUCGUCCACCCGAGAGACUGGAUCUAA